AGAAAUAGACGCGUUUCACGGAAUAAACAUUGAAUUAAAAAAUCAAAUCGCGUAAUGGUCGCUCUUCUUCUUUCUAAACAUGGCAGCGUUUUAAGUUAAUGUUCUUCAGAAUGGUGCGAUAACCUGCGGACAACACACGCUUGUUUGGAAAUGCUUUGGUGACGCGCAUUUGCAUCUAUUGAAUUACCAGCGGAAUUCCUCUGCCAAAUGACAUUUCCGCGGCCGUUUGUUCGGUCCAGAUUUUGUCUUUCUUUCCGUCUUUCUUUGUUUCAUUCCUUUAAUUCAGUAAAACACUCAGUUAACAAAGCUGAAUCACACCCGCGGAGAAGAGAGUUUUUUGUUACAUAGCCAGCGCCCGAGUCCCGUGCGCCUCGCGUCGGCUCCAGGAUGCGGGCUGGAAGCGUCCCGAUGUCGCUCACUGUCGUGAUGACCCUGCUCCUCGCGAUCAUCGACGUGAAGGCCAGCGGGGAAUACUGUCACGGCUGGCGCGACUCGCAGGGCGCCUGGAGGGAAGGCUUCCAGUGCCCGGAGCGCUUUGACAGCGAGGAGGCCAUUAUCUGCUGCGGGAAAUGCGAGCUGCGCUACUGUUGUACCAGCAGCGAGGCGCGCCUGGACCAGGGGACCUGCGACAACGACAAGCAGAGGGGCGACCCGGGCUCCGGUGGCAGGGAGAGCAAAGAUAACGGCGCAGUGCCCAUCUACGUGCCCUUCCUGAUCGUGGGCGCGGUCUUCGUGGCCUUCGUCCUGCUGGGCUCCGUCGUUGCCAUUUGCUGCUGCCGCUGCCUCCGGCCCAAGCAGGAGCCGUCCGGGAGGGGCGGGGGCGGGGCUGAGCCGGGCGGGGCCGGCCGCCUGCUGGAGACCAUCCCCAUGAUGACGUCGCGCAGCUCGUCAUCCCGGCAGUCGAGCACGGCCACCAGCUCCAGCAGCUCUGCGCAGUCGUGCGCACGGCCCCCUCUGCUGCGUGCGCAGGCGGGCUGCUGCCUGCCCCCCGACGCCCCCGUCUAUGUCAGCAUGCCCCCCAGCUUCUCCCUGCUGGGCUGCCAGCAGGGGGCGCCGCUCCUGCACCCGCAGUACAUAGGCUACGCCCUGCCGCACGAGCCCGUGGCCGCCAGCCCAGCCCCGCCCUUCCUGCACCCCCCACCAGCUGGGUACCGUCCCCUGCAGUCCCCCUUCCCCCCACCCAGCAGCGGGGGCGCCGACCCCAAAACCCCGCCCGUCACUGUGUGA